CUUCCACAGAAGGGUAGGAGAAAAGCCAUGGCCGACAAGGUCCUGAAGGAGAAGAGGAAGCAGUUUAUCCGCUCAGUGGGCACAGGUACCAUAAAUGGCUUGCUGGAUGAACUAUUAGAGAAAAGGGUGCUGAACCAAGAAGAGAUGGAGAAAAUAAGAGAUGAAAAUGCUACAGCUAUGGACAAAGCCCGAGCUUUGAUUGAUGCUGUCAUUCGGAAAGGACAACAGGCAAGCAACAUUUUCAUCAUGUACAUUUGUAACAAUGACAGCUACCUUGCAGAGAAGCUGGAGCUCUCCCCAGCUCCUCCGGAAAUCAAGGCUGGACCAGCUGAGUCAGCAGAAUCUACAGAUACCCUCAAGCUUUGCCCUCGUGAAGACUUCCUGAGAUUGAGUAAAGAACGGGCUGGAAAGAUCUACCCCAUAAAGGAGAAAAAGGAUCGCACUCGCCUGGCUCUCAUCAUAUGCAACACAGAGUUUGACCAUCUUGAGCGGAGAAAUGGGGCUGACCAUGACAUUGUGGGGAUGAAGGGGCUGCUUGAGGGCCUGGGCUACAGUGUGGAUGUAAAAGAGGAACUCACAGCCAGGGAUAUGGAGUCUGUGCUGCGGGAAUUUGCUGCCCGACCAGAGCACAAGUCCUCAGACAGCACCUUCGUGGUGCUCAUGUCUCAUGGCAUCCUGGAUGCAAUCUGUGGAACGAAGCACAGUGAGGGAACAUCGGAUGUGCUGCCUUAUGACACCGUCUUCCGGAUACUCAACAACCGCAACUGCCCUAUUCUAAAGGACAAACCCAAGGUCAUCAUUGUCCAGGCCUGCAGAGGUGCAAACCGUGGGGAAGUGUGGGUCAAUGACUCUCCAAAAGCCUCGGCAGACAGCUUCUCACAGUCCCCUGAGAACCUGGAGGAAGAUGCUGUUCACAAGACCCAUGUGGAAAAGGACUUCAUUGCUUUCUGCUCCUCCACCCCACAUAACAUGUCCUGGAGAGACAAAACAAAGGGCUCCUUCUUCAUCACACAGCUCAUCACAUGCUUCCAGAAAUACUCUUGGUACUGUCACCUACUGGAAGUAUUUCAGAAGGUACAACAAUCAUUUGAAACACCAAGUGUUCGAGCCCAGAUGCCCACCAUCGAACGACUAUCCAUGACAAGAGACUUCUACCUCUUUCCUGGAAAUUGAACAUAGAAACCACAGGCAGCCCAGCCUUCCUUUAUCAACGCCAAGAAGCACCUUUACCAGUACUGCGCAAGCAUUUAACCUUUUGUAUUUCAAUAAAAGUGAAAACAAA